UUCGGAUCACUCGCCUCGCUCCCGUGGGGACCCAGGAGGCAGGAAGGAGCAGCAGCUAGAGGCCGGCCACCUGUGGCCGCUCGCGUCGUCGUCUUCCGUCCUCCGCCGGGAGAUAUAUGGCUCUCCUGCUGAGCAGCUGCGUCGCGCCGGCGGUCGUCGUCGCGCGCGCGUGCCCGGCGCACCGGCCGGCGGUGUGGCUGCUCCCGCCGCGCCGGCCCCGGCUCGUGGCGGUCGCCUCGGCGGCGGCUUCCUCCGCGCCGUCCGGGGAGGUGGCGGCGGCGGCGGCGGCGGCGGCGUCGCAACCCCACGACAACGGGGUCGUGGGCGGGAGCGGAAGCAACGGCCCCGUCCCGACCACCGCCAAGGCCACCGCCAAGGCCACCGCCAUCGAGACCACCGUCGAGAGGGUGAUCUUCGAUUUCCGGUUCAUGGCCCUCCUCGCGAUCGCCGGGUCGCUGGCUGGCUCUGUGCUGUGCUUCCUCAACGGCUGUGUCUUCAUCAAAGAGGCAUACCAAGUUUAUUGGUCGAGCUGUGUCAAGGGAGUUCAUACGGGGCAGAUGGUCCUCAAAGUCGUCGAGGCCAUCGAUGUGUAUCUUGCUGGAACAGUCAUGCUGAUAUUUGGCAUGGGUCUUUACGGGCUGUUCAUCAGCAAUGCCUCCACCGAUGUGCCUUCAGAAUCGGACCCCCUCAGGGGAUCAUCGUUGUUCGGGAUGUUCGCUAUGAAGGAACGGCCAAAGUGGAUGAAGAUCACGUCCCUCGACGAGCUCAAGACAAAAGUUGGGCAUGUCAUUGUGAUGAUUCUGCUGGUUAAGAUGUUCGAGAGGAGCAAGAUGGUAAAGAUAACCACAGGGCUGGACCUCCUCAGCUACUCGGUCUGCAUCUUCCUGUCGUCGGCUUCUCUCUACAUCCUGCACAAUCUCCACAGGGGCGACCAUGAGGAGGGUGCAAUGCCGAAUUUGUGACUGUAAAAUUGUAAAAUGAUCGAAUCAGAUUUAUUGUAGCUACUGAAGUACCUAGAAAUUUUUGGUGUAGAGUUGUUGGUCGCUUCUGAUUGCCGCAUAGCCACUCGCUUCAGUUAAAAACUAAAAAAAAAGAGAAAAAUUAGCCACUUGUUCUAC